GGGACAGAAAUGGCAUCAGCUGAUGGAAACACUCAGACAUAUAAAAUGAUGUCUUUAGACCACGACAUCAACCAACACUUCCAGGAUGCGAUCGAUGUAAUUCAGCAGCAUUCACAUAAUUCAUACUAUGACCCAGAUUAUGCAUAUUAUGAGACUCUGGGCCCCAUGCAGUGUCAGAUCCCCUGCUGUGUUGUCACACACCAGUCUGAUGUUCCAACGCCGGUGUAUGAAUGGACUGAAACAACUCAGUCCUGGCCUCAGGUCAUGCCGAAUGUCUCCAUGAGUCACUCUGUGCAAAAUGAACCUGCGCACUCCUACACCAUCAUACCGCCCCAGAGGAACAGCAAAGGUCGCAAGAAGCUCAGACUUUACGAAUACCUCCACGAAGCCCUGAAUGACCCCAACAUGGGCGACUCAAUCCAGUGGACGGACAGCGGCAGCGGGACCUUCCACUUUGUCUCCAAGAACAAGGAGAAGCUGGCCGAGUGCUGGGGUCAGCGCAAGGGCAACCGCAAGACCAUGACCUACCAGAAGAUGGCCAGAGCCCUGAGGAACUACAGCCGCACAGGUGAGAUCGUCAAGGUGCGGCGCAAACUCACCUACCAGUUCAACCCAGACAUCCUGCACAAGCUCUGCUCUGCACAGGCGCCCCUGCACCUGCCCUGCCGCCUGCAGGAGGAGGCCCGCGCCACGCAGCAGAACCCGGCCGAGCAGAGCUACUGCCACGCUGAAGCUGCAGACUGGCAGAGCUGGUGCGUGCACUACCAGAUGCAGGAAAACUAUGACCUGGUCUCCAGCUUCACCUCGCACACCUCGACUAAACUCUGAUCUGAGAGGGACGAGAGGGAAUAAAAAAAAUGUUUAAGACUCAAAAUUUCUGGAUCCGUAUUCAUAUUUUGGCCCCUGCAUGUUGU